UGAUUUUGCAUUUCCUGGUAGGUCACUGAUCGCCGCCCUACUCCCUUCGCUGCCAUUAGCGGCCGCGGCUGCCGUUACUCGGUGCUCCUGUAUACUGCUUUGCAAAGCAGUGUGAUUACAGUGAAGCACAAACACAGUCACACAGUGUAAAACAGCACACAGUUAACCCUUUGAUCGCCCCACAUGUUAACCCCUUCCUUCCCAGUGCCAUCAGUACAACGUCAGUGCUUUUUUAUUAGCACUGAUCACUGUAAUGGUGUCACUGGGGAUGUCAGUGACACCAAGUCAGUCCCCCCCCAGUGUCAGAAUGCCCUCCGCAGUCCUGCUAUA